CGCCUGGCGCUUGGCUGUAGGCCCUGCCAGCCAUGGCCUAUAGCCAAGUGCCAAAAAUCAGCUAAUCAAACGGCUACCGUUCCUCCCUUUUUUCCAUUUAACUGCUCCUUUCGUUCUGGAGGGGGUUGUACCAUUCUAUGCCAUCCGAAUGGAUGGAACUGUACAAAAACAUGAAAGAAACAGAUGAAAUGGUAUUCGGGCCCAACUCUACUAUACAAUAGUUCUGUAGAUGGCAGAACAUGUAUGGGGUAGUAACCAGUGUCAACUGAGACUUGGAAAAUCCAGUUUCAAGUCUCCCCAUAGUUGUUAAAACUCAUAAGCGGUCUUAGGUCAAUCAUUAUUUUAUACAGAUGUUUGAAAGAAUAAAACAGGUAUGAAUAGAGCCAUAAAUACCAUUUGGAGCUCAUUAGAGAAAGACAGGAUAUGAAUGUAACUAUUAAGUAAUAAGUUAUUAAUGAUGGUAACAUGAGCUUUUGCUGAGUGGGAUAUUAGGGAAUAGUUAUUUUAUCAUACCCGGGGCCAAAUUUUGGGGUGAAUUUAGGGACAAUGCAGUUAUGCAUGCUGAUGACACUGUGUAAAUAAAUCUAAUAUACAAUGUUGUUCUAUCCUUUAAGUUUGAAACACACUUUUGUUGUAUUCUAUUAGCAAGAGUUGUGUGGCGCCAUGUUGUAGGUCAAAGUCUGUUUUUUUAGGGGAUAGGACAGUCAGAUGCCUUUACGGUUGGCGUUGUUAUAAAGUUAAAGAUGCAAUACAUUAUUGUCUCCAAAAAGGUUACACGCAGAACCUUGAUACACAUUUCGAUACGGACACAGUGUAGUCUGUAGUUAUCUAUUGAAUAAUAAGGCCAUUACUCAGAGGGUAGAAAGUGCAAGAAAAACAUAGAAAGAGAAAGUGGACACUUAGCUUUUUGUCUCUGGCAAGUUGGUAAGCCCUCCAGCUCUGUCAAAUGAGCUCAUGAAUGAAGCAAGGGAAACGUGUGUGUUUAUGCUGCUAUUUAGAAUGAACGCAUUGGAUUUAAAAGACCACGGCACCAACAAAAUGUAGCUACAUCUUCCCCCUCUUUCCCCCUACUAGACCCAGCAUGAAUACUGAGAUGGGUGUCAGCUGGAGUGGGCUGGGUCACGGAGGGGUGGGGUGGGGCAGCGAUGGCCUGAUAGCUCACAGCAGCUGCAGGGCUGUCUGUGCAGAGCGAGUGAGGCUCUAUUCUCUUUCUGUCUGCCUAGCUGUCAAGUCGCAACCCAGUCUUUCUGAUUUGCAACCAUCUCGUUCCCAUAGGGCAGAAUUUGCUGCCGCCGCUCCUGUGUCCUCUUCCUCCUGCUCUUCCACUUCUCCCCAAGUAAUUAGUUUUCUUCCUGCUGUCUUGGGCUUCCGCCUUUUUGUUUCCACUUGCCGUAGGAAGAGGGACAUGGUCUUGUAAGGCCAGUGGUUGUGUUUUUCUUGAGUGUGUGUGUGUGUAUAAAGAUACCUGACGUGCCUGGACUUGGAAACCAACCUUUUGCCCAAUGAUAUGUGAGACCGAGAAACUUGAACGAGAGCAACUUUUUCAAUAGUGGGAAGAACAAAAUACAAGCAAGUAGACUUCCUGCUGAAGUUUGAAGUGCAGUUAAGGAAGAAACUGUGUUUUUCUGUUCAAAGAGCCUGGAUGGAACCGAACCAACCUGGCACCAGGAACUGAGAUUCAGCUUGAAAGCCUUUCUCUUGCAGCAAUCAAAGUUUGUUCCGAUCUUUCAUCUUUGCUGUCUCUGUGCCAGGAAUUUUCUCUCUGGAGAGUGGAAUGGUGGAAGAAGGUACAAGCCGGGGGGAUCGGGCUCCCCGUGGUGGCGGGCCACGGGGAUCCCCACGCCCUCCAGCCCCGCCGCACCAUGGUAUCUCAGUGGUGGGCAAAGCUGUGUGGAGUGUGGCACGGACAGGGAAAGGCUGGUGCUUUGAGCGAGCGGUUGGGGUGGACUGCAGCUUGCCUGAACCUCGUUGUAUCUGGUUGACGAGUUUGAGAAAUGACAAUGUGGAGUGGUGGGAAAGACGGUGGCGCCGUGCUGGGGCUGUGAUGGCCCGGCAGAAGUGCCGUGCACGACACAGGAUGGACAGAAAUUUUACGCCAAAGCUGGGCCAGAGAGAUGGUACGGCCACAAACGCCAAUGCCCCACCUGCGGAGUCCUUUCCCUGGGUGGGGCCUAAAACAGUGGUGCUGCACAAGAACUCACAGGGGGGUUACGGCUUCACCCUCCGGCACUUCAUUGUCUACCCCCCAGAGUCAGCGGUUCAUUCCAACGUGAAGGAGGAAGAAAAUGGAAACAGAACGGGAACCUCGCGGAACCGUCUGGAACCCAUGGACACUAUUUUUGUGAAAAGUGUGAAGGUAGAUGGGCCAGCACACUUGGCAGGUCUCCGAACAGGAGACCGUCUUGUCAAAGUGAAUGGUGAAAGCAUCAUUGGGAAAACCUACUCACAAGUUAUCGGCCUCAUACAGAACUGUGAAGAUGCAUUGGAACUCUCCAUUAUGCCCAAAGAUGAGGAUAUUCUGCAACUGGCAUAUUCUCAAGAUGCCUACCUAAAGGGCAAUGAACCAUACUCUGGAGGGGCCCAGAGCAUCCCUGAACCUCCACCAAUAUGCUAUCCUCGCAAAACCUACCCUUUCCAGUCAAGACCUUCUCCUCAGGAUGUUUCAUCAGCUGAGACCUACCAGGGACAACAGGUGGACAAUAGGCAGCUGUAUCACUCGGGAUCUUCAGGUCCUUCAUCUUCCUUAAACAGCACAGCAAUCCACAGAAGCCCCCCAAGUGCUUGGCCUGAGUCCACACAGAACUUCAGUAGCAACCAUUCCAGCCCCACUCAUCGCACAGAGGAAGUCCAAUAUGGAUUGACUCAGAGGGUUCCUGUCUCAAGACCCUCCCCACCUUCUGGCUCUUUUUCUCGCUAUUCCAAUAGCAGUUGCCCAGGUCCUAUAACCACCCCCUUACCUGAAAGGUACUGUGUCCCACCCGCUCCCUCUAUGCCCAACCACGCUUCCUAUGGGCCCCCCAAACAUCUUCCUGACCACCUCCCUCAUGGUGGGUUGAAGGAUACUUCCCGUGAGGGCCGGCCCUCCCGGGACUGUAUUGGGGCUGCACCCAAAUCUGUCAGUCGUUUAGAAUGCCAGCAGGCCUUGUCCAACUGGAUCUCGAGCCAAGUGCCACGCCGCAGCUCUUCAGAGGAGCGACACUGUGCCAUGCCACCUCGCUACCGGAGUGUCUCGCAAGACCGCCUGGGAGAUGCACCAGCCUCCCGGGGUUGGCCUCACAGUGCUUCCCAGGACACCUUGACCCAAUCCCCUGCCCAUGACGGCUGGAGCUACCGUGCCAGGUCAGAGAACUAUCUGGUGAAAUAUGGGCAAUCCUUGGAAGCUCUUGAGCAGAGUGCUUUGGUUUCUCCUAGAUACGACAGGUGUAUGUGGCCACCUGACAGAUUUUACCGGCAUGGGCAAAUUAACCGAGCUCUGCCUAAUCAUCCUGGUUCUUAUUUCCCUUCUGCCUCUUCUAGGGAUCCGCUUCCUGCACAUGUGCAAAAGCACCCUUCCCAGCCCAACCUCCAGAGCAUUGAUGACUCUGGGUACAUCGGUUACCGAAGCUAUAGCCCUUCAUUCCAGCGUCGGACUGGCUUACUCCAUGCCCUUUCAUUCCGGGAUGCUACUUUUGGUGACCUUCCAACUUUUAAUAUUUCUCAAAGGCAAGGAAACCACUCAACGCCACCUUAUGUUGAAAAGUCUUUGCCCGCUGCCAUGCUCCCCAGUGCCCCCACACCUUGCCCAGAGCCUCUCUUGAGCAGUCGCUCCGAGAUCCCAGUGGACCAAAGACCAGCCAAACAGGAGAAUGACACAAAACCUCUGGAGCGGGCUUCUCCACCUCAGCCUACAGAACAAUUGCAGCCUGACUCUGAGGAGAGAAGGGAGGAAGUAGUUCUCCGGCAGAAGCCCCCAACUGGACGCAAAAUGCCUCCUCCUGCAAGGCAGAUGAAUUUUGUUUUUCCAGAUGAUAUGAAGGAAACAGACAUCUGCGAUCCACCUCCACCGGCGCAGGUAGCCGGUAAAGACAACAAGCGUGGUGUGGCCCCUUUGGCUACACCAGAGGAUUCACUCGCAUCCAUCCCAUUUAUUGACGAGCCAACAAGUCCCAGCAUUGACCUGAAGGCAAAGCACAUCCCUGCCUCCUCCGUUGUCUCCAGUGCCAUGAACUCUGCUCCUAUACUCUCUACUAGCCCCUCCUCACCAACUUUCACCUUUGCUGUCAACCGCCAUUAUUCCCAGGAUUGCAGCAACAUCAAAGCCAGUCGCCGGUCUUCCUACCUCUUAGCCAUAACCACAGAACGUUCCAAGUCGUGUGACGAUGGUCUGAACACAUUUCGGGAUGAGGGGAAGUUUCUGAGGAGGUUACCAAGCCGUGUGCCAAGCCUCCGUAUGUUACGGAGUUUCUUCACUGAUGGGUCCUUGGAUAGCUUGGGUGCCUCUGAAGAUACCCGAUCAAAGCGGCAUUCGACAUCUGACCUGUCGGAUGUCACUUUCAGUGAUGUGAGGAAAGAAGGCUGGCUCCACUAUAAACAAAUUCUCACCAAGAAAGGCAAGAAAGUUGGCGGAGGCAUCCGGCAGUGGAAGCGGGUCUUCGCUGUUCUGCGUGUCCACUCGCUAUACUUAUGCAAGGACCGGCGGGAGGCCGUGGCCAUAGCCCCGCCCCCAGGUGAGGAGGAGCAGCCGCCAAUCAGCAUCCGAGCGUGCCUGGUAGACAUCUCCUACAGUGACACCAAGAGGAAGCACGUCUUUCGCCUGACGACCGCUGACUUCUGUGAAUGUCUCUUUCAGGCCGAGGAUCGGGAUGAUAUGCUGGCCUGGAUUAAAGUCAUCAGGGAGAGUAGCAAAGCCGAGGGCGAGGACCCUGGGUUUGCAAGCCAAGCACUAAUUAAUAAGAAGCUAAAUGAUUACAGGAAAGUGAGCGCCUUUGGGACCAAACCAGACUCUUCUCCAAAAGGUCCUCGCACCCCAGGGUUGAAGUCGGAAUUGCAGAAGCAAUUAGGAACAGGCCCACCCCGCUCCCCACGACAGGAUGCCAUUGCACUGAGAGAUGACAAUGUUCAUCAGAAAGCUCCUUGGAGUAUCAAUAUAAUGAAGAAAAAUAAGAAACCUGUUCCAAGAGCCUUUGGGGUGCGACUAGAAGACUGCCAGCAAGCUCCUGACAACAAGAAGGUCCCUCUAAUAGUGGAAGCAUGCUGUAAGGUGGUGGAAGACAAGGGCUUGGAAUAUAUGGGCAUCUACCGGGUCCCUGGAAACAACGCUGUGGUGUCCAGUCUGCAGGAUCAGCUCAACAAAGGGUCAGCCGAAAUCAACCUCCAAGAUGAGAGGUGGCAAGACCUGAACGUCAUCAGUAGUCUCUUGAAAUCUUUUUUCCGGAAGCUUCCAGAACCCUUGUUUACAGAUGAUAAAUACAAUGACUUUAUUGAAGCCAACCGGAUUGAAGAUGCCAGCGAAAGGAUGAAGACUUUGCGCAAACUGAUUCGGGACUUACCAGUCCAUUAUUAUGAGACUCUGAAAUUCCUUGUUGGGCAUCUAAAAACAAUUGCAGAUCAUUCUGAGAAGAAUAAGAUGGAGCCCCGUAACCUUGCCCUGGUGUUUGGUCCCACCCUUGUCAGAACGUCGGAGGACAACAUGACCGACAUGGUGACACAUAUGCCCGACCGCUACAAAAUUGUGGAGACCCUCAUACAACAUUCAGACUGGUUUUUCAGUGAUAAGGAAGACAAAGGUGAGAAGACCCCUGUAGAUGAGCAGGAAACCCAAUCAGUGCCGAAUAUUGAGUACCUUCUGCCCAACAUUGGGAGGACUGCAGCACCGGGGGAUGCUUCAGAUUCAACAAACAGUGGCUCAGCUAAAUCAAAGGCUUCUUGGGGCUCACGGAAGGAGCACUACCACAAGGAGAUGCUUGCCAUCUCCUUCAUCUCAGCUGUCAACCGCAAGAGGAAGAAGCGGAGAGAGGCCAAGCGUUUUGGGAGCAGCACAGAUGAUGAUUCUGAGCAUGAGUUGGCUGCCAGGAGAGAUGGGGAAGAAGAGGCAGUGGCCGAGGAGGAAGAAAAAGAGGCUCAGGGGCUGAGGAGCAGCAGGGGCAAAGGUCCGGUGCCUGAUGGGCAAAGUGUUCCAGAGUGCUCUGCAAAACUAGAAACAGAGUUGGAAGAAAGGAAGCAGGUCACACCUCAGGUGACUCUAGAACCAGCACCAGAUGCCCGCUCCAUUGUGUCGGGUUACUCCACCCUGUCCACCAUCGAUCGCAGCCUCUGCUCUGAGGUACAGUCAGUAGCAGAGAGUCGUGGGGAGGAGGCAGAUGAUGAGCGGAGUGAAUUCAGCCAUGUAGAGACGGAUACUGAGAAUGGUUUUGUGCCUGGGCAGGCUGGGUUGCUAUCGGACGGAGCUGGAAUUGCGGCAGCAGGAAAGGGGGGAGCUACUGUGUCUGACAAAGGAUCCCAAAACCGAGCCUCUUUCAGCUCCCAUCACCUUAUGCAGUGCGAUACCCUGGCACGCCGCAAGCUCUCGCGGCCUCGACGCAACAGUGAGGCCUCUUCCAAGGGCAGCACUGAAGCCUCCAGUUCAAGCUUGCCAGGCAGCCAGGAGUCACUGCAGCCUGCAGGUGCCACAGAAGCCCACGUCCGGCCUUCUCUCACAGAGCAGCUGCGCCUUCGCUUCCGUGGCUCAGCAGACGACAUGUUGGCAGUGCGCCUCCGCAAGCCACAUUCACCUGAGACACGACGCAAGAAGAACAGCUGGCGGCGCCACACUGUGGUGGUGCCUGGAAGCCUGAAGGACCUCAACUACAAUGAAUGGAAAGAGCAACAUGUGUUGGGGGCUCUUGAGGCUGCUUGCUCACUAGACUCCUCAAGCAGAGAUGCCCUGAAGGACAACAAGGAUUCUGGACUUAGCAGCCUGGAGUCAACAAAAGCUCGGCCUUCUUCAACCACACUUGGGAAUGUGGUAGCUCCUAGCCACCAGGGGAGUGGUGAGCAGCAACACCACAAGGGUGCUUCUGAGGGGUGCUCAGCUCCCCGACGUACUGCCUCCUUACGCUAUCACCAGUGUCUCUAGAUAGCCUGCCAUGGAAGCUCUUGUUUGAAUGGCUGAGAUGAAGCUCUGGCCAUACCAGUAGCCUUGGCCUGAGAAUGGAAGUGGGCAGCCAUAGAAACAGCUCCUCACUUGAGCUCUCACUGCUGGCCUGCCUUGCUUUCUUCAAUACCUCAGUCUUCAGCGUAGAAAGGGCCUCUGCCCAGCCCCAACCUGUCCUGGCCUCACUUUCUGAUCCCUUUCUCCCUGGUAUUAAUUUAAUGACAUCCCUAUUAUUUGUGACUUGUGGUUUUAUUUAUUUCCCCAUCCCCCUUCAUGCUCCCAGGGUGGUUGUUGAAGAAAAGCUACAGUAGGUGGGAUAUGGAGAAGGAUGUUUACCCAGCCCAUAUGAGGGUUUUAUCUUAGUUUGGUGCUGGAAAGUUACCUAGAUGAUGGGAUGACCAGGACCAUUCUUACUUCCAAGUGCUGGUCUUCUGCAUGUGAAUUUCUGGACAUAUUUUUGAAGGAGAAGGCAAGUAGAAGAGCAGAACUCAGAACUGUCUGGGUUACUCAACAAGAGUCUCUUGAUACUAUCCUCUGCCUCAUUUCUAGCAGUUUAGUUUGCCUCUUCUGUGUUGAAGUGAGCUAGAACUUUGAGAUAGGGAAACCAGAUCAGAGAUGUUCAUGGAUGCAAACCCAUGUUUCUAUUUGGCCACUGUCAAAGCAAUGUAACCAACCCAAGCUGUCCUAUGUCAUUCUGCCUCUGGAGUCCCUGUUUUUAUGGUGAGGAACUCAUCCUCUUCUUCCCUCUUCCCAUUUUCCUCACUAAUAUUUAAAUAGUAACCAACUAUUAUCAGUACUGAGGCUUUAAAUGGCUCCCAGUAAACACCCACUGCCCAUGUUGUGCCUUUUCCUAAAAUUAAUGAAUAGACACCCAAUCCCCAAAUUUCCCAUCAAGUCUUUGCAAAGCUUGAACUGGUGGGAAACUAGCCUGGUGCAUACUCCCCAGGCUGAUGGAGACCACCGCACUGAUGUAGAAACCAAAAGUAAAGAGACAUCAUGACCCCCAAAGAGUCAAGUGGCUUUUACAAUACUCUUAAGGCAUUUCUAUUCUCCAUUAUGACUUUCAUAGUCUUUGUUCUUCCAAGGAUUCUGAUUGUUUUGUGUUACUCUAAAGAUGUGCACUUCUGGAUUUACACUCCUUCCCUGUUUCCCUUGCCCCUCUUAAUGAAUUGAAGAUGACUGAGGUCUCAGUCAAGACUUUGCUAUGUUCACUGGAAGCCUCUGUUAAAAGUGUGCGAAACCCUCUGGCAAGAGUAUGUUGUCUGCCUCUUUGAGCAUUUAUGAAUGUUCUUAAAAUAUUCCUGUUCAGCUGCUCAGAACUUGAAGGAAAAAAUUCUAGGCAUUGGACUAAAGCUCCCUGACCCAUUUCUUCUCAUAACACUUUGUACAGACCAUAAGAAGUAGGUUCCCUGUGUACAGUUUAAAGGAAUGCAACAUUUGGAGUUGAAACUAUGGUUGUUGUGCAAAUGAGAGUUUAGCUGGCUAUGUUGACACUUGUGACAACUCUUUAUUACUUUUGGUGCUAAAGAGGAUAUGUGGGGUAAACCACCUUUUCUUGCCCUGUAAACUAUCUUAUGCUAGCUUCACAGCACUCCUAUUCCACCCACCCUCAACCCACUGCAGUGCAGAAAGGCAGGUGAUGGGCGUGGGGUAGGCAUAGGGACUAUGUGAUUUGUAGAGUGGGGUGUAGACAACAAGAUGCAGAUGACAAGCACAUCUGAUUCUCUUUCCAGUGCCUCUAUACAGCUAUGCCAUAUCAGAGUCUAAAAGGUCUAAAAAGAACUUGGCUUGUAGGAUUCCCAAAGUAACAGCUCUAAAGAAUCCAUUCUGGUCUUUUCCAAUAAUGACUCAAAAUGCCAAAUCCGCAUUUGUGUUAUGCAGUUGCUCUCCAAAUGUCACUCUCUGAGAAAGAAAAUACAAUGACUCUGGCUGGUGCUAAACUUAUUUUUGAUCGUCUUCCAUUCUUGGUCUUCUCAUGAUGUUGGGCAGAAGCAGGCAAAGGUUUCCUGCUUUUUAUCUCGCACAUCAAGACAGGGUUCUCAUGUUUGUGGGUGUUUUGAAGUGAAAGACCUCUUAGAUUUUUUUCCCCUCAUCUUGUGGGCAUAAAUCCUCCUCACUACCUUUCUUUGUAGAAUCUCAUGUGUUCAUCAAGGCACAUGACAAAAAAGGGUAACGUGUGGUGAGUAAGUAUGGGAGGUGCCCUUUAACAUUUGAAGACUAUAAGAAGUGUGUGGACUUUGCAAAUGUCAUGAGUAGUUACAUGAUCAUCUUGGGGGAUAGGAAACCUCUUCAUGAAAUAUUCUUUGCCUCUCUUGUUUCCAGGCAGAUAACAUUUCUUCUAGCAGCAAACUCGUCCGAUCAUGUCAACCAUUGGACUUUUGUGUCAAAUAUUUUUGAAGGAACGACUUUGUCCCUGUCAUGAGUUUCUGAGGGUGGUUCUAAGCAAAUUCGAAGAUUCCUUGUCUACUCCUCAAGGCCAUUGGAAGGCUAGGCAGCUACCUUGGGCUCACUUAAAAAGUAGCAGGAUUCAAAUGUAAAUAAAAUACGGAAAUACUGAAUUUCACCAUUUAGAAAUGACCGCAGUAUCAGCUUCAUGAUGGCAAUUGUGGAUUUUAUAUGUAACAAGUAAGGCCUCAAGCCCCAUAUGGCCCCACCUGCACAGACUGUUUAAUGCAGUUUCAAACCAGUAUUGAAGAAAAUAGUUUCAUUGUGCAGAUUAUUACAUGGGAAAUACUGGGACCAGUUUGAGGCCUGGAUGAUGAUUACAUAAGCCACAGAGCACUGAUGCACAUUAAGGGCUUUCUUUCGUAAACAUUUGUUGUCUGGUCAAUGCAAUUUGAAUCUGGCUUCGAGCUGCAUUAAAUGGUCAGUGUAGAUGGGGCCUAUUACAUAUUUGCAUCAUGAUUCCUCUGAGCCGUCUUCUUUUUUGUAGCAGCCCUGUGAAGCCUGAUAAGUCAAGAUGUGGUUGUUUGGCUCACAUUAUAUUUCCAGACUUUAUGGCUGAAUUUCAGAAUGACCCACUCUUUACACACACUGAUUCCCCCUUUUUUAAAAAAAACCUCCCACCUGUCAAAUACAUUAGUACUUAUUUCUGACUUCUGUUAAAGCCUCAGUUCCCAAUUAUGUCCAAAAUGGGGAACUCCCAUUUAACAUCAAGUUAACAAUUAGAAUGAGGCAAACACAAGGGAAAGGGCAAAUGAGGAAUACCUUUGCUUUUCAGCAAGUUGUGUUGAUUGCAUGAGAAUUUGAACUCUGGUCUCCAUACACUUUAAUCACAUCACGGUGAUGGCAUGAUGAUCUUUUUCAACUGUAGGCUUGCUCAUUUGUCUCUGCUUAUAAAUACUGCACAUAGGCUGCCCAAAGUGUUUCAGUGGGAGUUAUUCAAGGUACAACUCUUGAGUCAUCAACUGCUCCAGUGAGAAAUCAAGUGAUGAGCACAUUUGUGACAAGCGUAACCUCUAAGGGCUAGUGAUGUGUAAAAUCUUUAUGUGAAUGACAUGAUUGCUAAUGUGUGAAUUAAUACACAACUUCGUGUGUGUGUGUUUCUCAUUUGGUGAGAGAAUGAAGGCACAGAUGGCUUAGCAAUCAAGGCACUGAUAUACUUUUUUUAAACCCAGAAUUUAUAUUGAGCCUUUGAGUCUUUAGAGUGCUUUAUAUUAUCAUUCUCUGACUUCAUCAUCACUCUUAAUUAUUUCUGCGCAUCUGUGGGAAGCAAAGCCAGGCAAAAUUCCUCCAUAGGUUUUGAGAGCCAGACAUGACAUCUGGCCCAUUGGAUCCUAGUAAGAACUCUCUGUAUUUCUUCCAGACUUGCAAUCUUUUAACAUUAGACAAUUCGCAUAUGAACAACAGUAAUGAAUGUGCCAACCGUAUAAACUACAUGGUCUGUGAUUAGUCACAGAUAUACACAUUCACAAGGCCAUUUUCAGAUUGCCUAAUGUUAAAACUAAUUUUAGCACAAAAGAUGGACGAGCUGCAAUCUAGCAAAAGCCAUGUAGAUUCAAUAGUAAAUUGAUGACACCAAGUAAUAUCCAAUGUCCAUUUUAGGUUAAAUGUGGUUGUCAACCAAAGUGAUGUGUGGCAUGCUAAGAGAAGAUUUGAGUAUGGAAUUGGAAUCCCACUUUUUUUUUUCAUGUCAGGAGCAACUUGAGAAGCUGCAAGUCGCUUCUGAUGUGAGAGAACUGGCCAUCUGCAAGGAUGUUGCCCAGGAGAUGCCCGGAUGUUUUGAUGUUUUGCCAUCCUUGUGGGAGGCUUCUCUCAUGUCCCCGCAUUAGGAGCUGGAGCUGACAGAGGGAGCUCAUCUGUGCUCUCUCAGGAUUGGAACAAGCAAUCUUCAGGUCAGCAACCCAACCUUCAGGUCAGCAGUCCUGCAGGCACAAAGGUUUAACCCACUGGGAACUCUGGAAUCCCACUGUAAUUCAGAUAUUGACCUAAUUCCUAAUGUUGGUUCUGAAUACAGUAGAGCUGUUGAAUCAGUAAGAUUGACCUAUGUGCUGAUUCACCAUUCAACAAGUGAUUGAAUGGGUCUAUUUUAUCUGGGACAAACUUGUCAUCCUCACCCUUCUAUUUAUGAAAGGAGAUUUCUUCCAUCUCUUCACUGAAUCCUCUUGGUUUGUAGUUGUAACCUCCCAGGCUAAUGAAUGCAUAGUAUGCAAAGAUAACUUUGAAACUCCCAUUGGAAGUAACAAGUACAUACAAGCUUUCAGAGAUCAAAAACUCACCAGGAAUCCUCAUGAUCCUUCCUGUGUAGGGAAGAAUUUUGCACAACUUGAAAACUUACAUAGUCCUGAGUUUUCUCAAAUGGUGUAAGAACUUCCCCUCAAUUAGAAAUAAGGGAGGGACUGGUCCAUUCUCCACUGUUGACAUACCCGUGGGUUCAACAAGGUUUCAACAAAGGGCCAGGGGUUCAUAAGAGAAAUUCGCGAAUAGACAAAGAGGUACAUUUUGUUCAUCCUUUUAGGGAGACAAAACAACACUCAACACAGAAUUCCCAAAACUUAAAUUUCCAAAUUGCCUAUAGUUUAUUCUGUACUCAAGCUAGCAAGAAAUGUGCUCUUCCCACGCACUUCCCACGUUCUGGUGAACAUCUUUCAGCCAUUCUGUCGAGGCCUUGAGAAAGGGGUGUGUGGUGGUGUGAAUUCAAGACUGAACAAAACUAAACUAUUUGCUAUACUGUUAUGCAUUGUUCUGAUCCUUUUAUGCAACUAUUUGCUGUAAAGGUGUAUUUUUCACUUUAUUUUGUAAAUAGCCUUUAAAUGUGUAACAUAUGAUAAAAGAGUUUAUAAGAUCUUUUUUUAAAAAAACAAGACGUUUUUGUUUGGCUUCUUUUAAAAGCUGGAAUUACAAAGCAGUGUUGAUUUUUUUUAAAAGGAAACCCUGCCUGCAUGCAUGGUUUGUCCCUCUUCCUACAUGUCUUGUACAAUGUCAGACGUACAUAUACGGUCAACAAAACAACUGAAGAAACCCAAGCUCUGCUUUGAAAAUAGCCUCAGAAUUACAGUUAUAUAUAUAUUGGAAAUAAACUGGCUUAUUCAGAGAACUAGUCUGAUUGUGUUUUUAAUUAUUAUUUUUGUGUGUGUCAGGAGUGACUUGAGAAACUGCAAGUUGCUUCUGGUGUGAGAGAAUUGGCCAUCUGCAAAGACGUUGCCCAGGGGAUUCCCAGAUGUUUUACCAUUGCGUAGGCUUCUCUCAUGUCCCUGCAUAUGAAGCUGGAGCUGACAGACCUGAGCUCAUCCCGUUCCUCGGAUUCAACCUGCCGACCUUUUAGUAAGCAGUCCUACUGGCACAAGGGUUUAAUCCAUUGCGCCACUGAGGACUCCUUAAAAUAAAAUGGGAACUAAUUGUAAAGACUGUGACCAAGAUUCUACACCACAGCCUACAUUUCAGAUCUUUGCAGAUCCAUUAGUGAACUGCAGAAAUGCAACCCCACCCCCAAACUCUGUCAGUUGGUCAUAGGCAAAAGAGUUCUAGUGUGUAUCAUGAGCUUCUGAUGAACAUUAGACAUAUCUGAUGCAUAUCCAGAACAUCUGAAGCACAUUGAACACUGCCAAUGAAUGCUGAGCUCUCUUGUUGUGUUCCAGCACUUCCUAGCAGAUUCCAGAUGUGCAUCAGAAGAAUUCCAUGCUGCACCAGUCAGAUGGGCAUAUAUUGUACCACCAUGGCAGCCCCAGGUGAAUGUUGCAAAACAGCUUAACUCUAUUUCCCAAAUGUGCAAGCUUACCUACAAAAAUAUAUGCAUCAUGUUGGAUUCUAGCCUACAGUUUCGAUGGUCUUCUGCUUUCUAGGCUAAAGGGUUCACUUGGUUCCUUAUAAUUCUACAUAAAUGGGGGCUACUCACAUUCUCAUCCCAUUGCAGCAAACUGAUACUAAACUCACGAAGAUAAUUCUAACCUUGAAUUUUGCAAAUCAGUGCUAAAACAUCACACAUUUGAUUCCAGCUAUGCAACAAAGCAGGCACUGAAAACUACACAGCAAAGUAUUAGGAAGUUAAAUUAAACAUACAAAUGUUUAUUCUAUGGUUUUAAAAAAAGAUUGUGUUAAUUUGCAACUAACUCGCGCUUCACAUGACCUAGGAGACAUCUACAGACAACGCUGGCUCUUCGGCUUAGAAAUGGAGAUGAACAUCAACCCCUAGAGUCGGACUCAACUAGACUUAAUGUCAAGGGGAAACUUUUACCUUUACUUGGUGAAAAGAAAUAGUUUUUGGUUAUAAAGGUUACAUCAAACAUUACCAACAUAUUUUUAAGACUACUUUUGCGACCAUAAAAUGCAGAUUUGUUUUAAGAGACACAUUUCUAUUUCCCAUCCCUCAAGCACACUGGAGACCAAAUCGAAGUGGGAGAAAAGCAGAGAGUGCCCUUUCCAUUUCUGCUUUUUCUUUAACACAAUUGUCUUAUAUUCUUUGGUAGUAUUAAGAACCCCCUCCACAACCUAACACACACGCCCAUAAAGGUAGGAUGGCUGGCAGGAAAAGAGACUUGUAUUGGCUGCAGGCCAAAGGAAAGGGCAUUAAUACAUAGAAGUCCUUUCAUACUAGCAUUUUUUGUGACUUUCUGCACAUAGCCAUUUAUUAUGAUGCUCUGUCUCAAGGUCUUGUUUUGGCAUCCACUUACUCAUUGUGUGUGUGCAGAGGUUCAGGUCAGGUGGUGGAAUUGAGACAAAUGUUCAUUGCCCUCUUCCAAAGAUCAAAAUAAAUUCACAUAAUGUUGUAUGUACAAUUUUGGAUGGAUAGCUGUAGAGUUCGACAUAAUUCUUAAUUAUAAGACAGAAAGAGAAUACAUGUUACCAUAACCGGAAGACUGUGACAAGGUGUUCGGGGUGCCUGCUUAGUUUGCCAUCCAAUGUUGAUGACCAACUUUGUGCCCCAUGCUUUGAACUUUUUAUCAUUCAAAUAUAAUUGCAUUAUAUAACAGUUCCAUUAUGGAACUAUCUCUGGAUAGCCCUUUAAAUGAAGUAGUCCCUCCAUGUUUGUGGUUUUGGCUUGGGCAGAGUUAUUAUUUGUGGACUUGAUUAAAGAUUAAAGGAAUCUCUAGGUCUUCCAAUGUGACUUUACGGUCUUCCAUCUGUCACGCUGCAGGACCUAGAGAUAUCUAGAGAGAAAACCUGUUUAGAAAUCUCUAGUUCCUCCAAAAUAAUUAUAUAUUAUAUCUGAACCGGCACCCCAAAUAAACCCAGGAAUAGGCCUAAAAACGAAGACAUCAAGGCACCCCAGCUUCCAGGCACCACAUGGAACGGCUCCACUCAGAGGGGAGGGAGGAGGAGAAGCAGCAGUCAGGAGGCUUGUUGUUGUGCCUUUUGUGGAUAGUCAGCCUCUCCCCUCCUGACAUCCCCAUUGCCUCAGGACUGUAAGAGAGUUUCGUGAGACCAGUCACUCUUGUUGCAACAGUGUAGUAACGGUGAAGUUGUGGACCAUAUUUUAGUUCUUGGGGACCACUGGUGGUCCACGGACCACAGGUUGGGAACCGCUGCUCCAAAGCAAUUCUAUGGCCAGCUUCCAAUGGAAGCUGACCAUAGGCCAUACUGGAAGACUCAGAUACAGCGUACUGAGAGAGAAGUUCUCCAAGGUUAAAACAAUAGCAAUUUCUUUAUUUACAGUUUUUCACUUUCACAAGGAUCCUGUGCCCCAAACAACAGCAAAUGUGGAGAGCUGACUAGAGGAUGCUGCGGUAACCAAGGUCCAUCCUUUUAUAAACCAGGAGAGAUUGCCUUCCUAGUUCUUGCUCACAAUGCUGAGCUCUGUGUUACUAGAGAUCCUAAAGCAAACCCAGGAUCCUGCAAACACCUCUGCUCUUUUUCUCUUUUAAGGAAUGGGGUGAAACAAAGAAUUGUGAAAAUAAGUGUCACAGAGGGGGGGAAAGAGUAGUUUAUUAAAGUCAGACACUCUUCAUAGGAAACAAACAAAAAGAGGAGGGAGGGGGUAAAUUAAAGAAAAAAGCAACCUUCCUUCAUUUGGAAUUCUUGACUAACAAUGAUCACAUUUGUCACAGAAUAAAACAUGGCAUCCAUAGAUUUUUAUACACAGAACUCUACCUACAGAUAGCAGCAGAAAGAUUUACAAAAGUUACAGAUUUUUCAGAACGGUUGUUUUUUAUGACCAGUUUUGGUGUGGUGUUGUUGAUAGGUACUUUUUUGUUGUUUUGUUGUUUUCCUUUUUAAAAAAUCAGUUCACAAUAAAAUCCAUGCGAAAGAGACACAUGACAUCAUCAAUCCUCCCUACACAGUGCUUAAAAGUUUCUCUCUCUUUUAAAUUUUUCUUUUAAAAAAACCUUUCAAAAUUGCUUAAACUUCUCUUAAAACAACAUCCACACAAGUAAAGCGAGGCUCAUGGCAUGCAGUGGUGAUUGCUUCCCCCCAGCACACACGCACGCACACGCACAAACAUACACACCAAAAAGACAUGCAUAGCUUGGUGCUUUCUAACUUACAUCUUUGAAACUUUUUAAAAAACUUCUUUUCCAUUUUAAAUAAAAAUUCAAUAAAGUGUGGGCUAUCUAUCUAUCUAUAUAUAUAUAAUCUGUAUAUAUAUAUUUAAAUAAACUCUCUAUGAUUGUUGCUCACACAGCAGUUGGAUAAUGCCAUGACAGUGACACACUCUCUCAUUUAUACACACACAUACACACACCCAUUGAGUUCAAGAACAGACAUGUAAAAGGGAAAAAAAGUGUUUUAGACAAGGAAAGUGAAAGAAACUAAAAUGGAAUGGGUCCUGAGACCACUGUCUCCUCAACUACUUCUUUCCUAAGGGCCCAUCUACACUGCCCAAAAAUGCAAUGUAGAUGUCGCAUUAGCUUGAAUGUAACACCCCUGUGGUUAACCUGAUGUAAAAAUUUUUAAUGCCAUUUACAUCUGGAUAAAAAUAAAUACAGUAAUUGCAAAGAUCUAGAUCUGCCUUGAAGAUCCGAAUCUUUGUGGGUGUUGAGGCAGUGGAGGCUUACAUGUGGGAUCGCCAUUCGCAAUCCCCACAACCAUCCCAUGUUCCCUGGGCUCCUUCAAUUAGAAUCCAACAGCCUAGUAUAAAGCCUAUGCAUGCUUGUGCAAAUCCAAGAUUUAUUUUUGCUUCUUACUGGGGAGAGGGUAUGUAGCUAGCAGCUCUCUUCAUUCAUUCAAGCAAGGUGAGACACGUUUCAGCAGCGUGUUCACAAAGCUUGCCGAAAUGAACAGGAGGUGCUCUUACAAACAUCCUCCAUUUCAGUGGAGCGGGUGAACAGGACAUGCUGUUAGAACAAGCUGUAUCUCUCUAAUCUUCCUGUCUCCCACUCUGCUCCUCUUAAUGCCACCGAAAACCUCCCUUCGACUUGCCUUUUUAUAGGUCUGGCCUUUGUCAAUGUACUAUUCUUUUGGACCGCUUCCCCGCCUUCCCGUUUGUAGUUCUUAGGUUGUGAGUUUUUGGGAAUUAUAGUUUAGCACAGUUGGAGUUUGGGGAAAACUGCUUUUGGAGUGUCACACAAAAUUGGUAGUAUGCCUACAAUUAUCUCUUAUUCCAUAACAGAGAAAAAAUUGAAUUCUAGGGAGAUUACCUAAGAAGAAUUUUAAAAUAUAUGCUGGAAUCUGACAGCUGGCCAAUGUCAUCUCUAAACAUGCUACUUUAAAUCCUUAAGGAAAAGGGAUGUCGAUUUGUUGCAAAGUGUAUGCUAUACAUGUAAAAAGUCCCGAGUUCAAUCCUUGGCAUCACUGUGUAGGGCUGGAAAGCUGAUGUCUGUCCAUAGUAACAAUAUUGGCUACAUCAGUGGUUCCCAACCUUUGGUCCUCCAGUUGUUUUGGACUUCAACUCCUAGAAAUCCCAGCCAGCUUACCAGCUGUUCGGAAUUGUGGGAGCUGAGGUCCAAGACAUCUGGAGGACCAAAGGUUGGGACCCACUGGGCUACUAAUGGUCUGUGCCAUGGGUUGAAAGACAGCAGGGAUCUUUUAGCAUAUAGAGAAAUAAAAGAUGAACUCUCAUCUUCCAAAAAGUAGUGUAAUUGCAGCUCCAGCCCAUGGACUUUAAAUGGGCAGAAUGGUUUUUAAUAUCAAGGAAUUUAAUUGUUUGUUUAAUUAUGCUCAGCUGUGAACUUUGCAUUAAAAUAACUGGUUAUACCCAUAUUUAGAUCGUCUUAGUCAUACUGAAAACAUGUUUAAGUCAUGUUGAUUUCAGUAGUCUGCUCCAAGUGUGACUAAGUUGGCAUCCAAUGCCAUCAUACUAGAAAAUGAGUAAUAACAUUUUGGGAUUUUCUGUUUUAGAAAUAAAGUUGUGAUUAAAAGAACUGCCUUCCCAAUAACUAAUUCUUGUAUUUCUCAAUGUUGUAUGCUACUGUCUAAUGUACAUGCAGUCCCUGAGUUACAAACAUCUGGCUUGUAAUUAAGAAUGGUUUUUUUUCAAGCCUGUCUCUCAUUCUGUGGCAGUUUUUUUUUGUGUCAGGAGCAACUUGAGAAACCGAAAGUUGCUUCUGGUGUGAGAUAAUUGGUCGUCUACAAGGACAUUGCCCAGGGGAUGCCCGGAUGUUUUGAUGUUUUUACCAUCCUUGUGGGAGGGUUCUCUCAUGUCCCCGCAAGGAGCUGGAGCUGAUAGAGGAGCUCAUCUGCGUUUUCCUCGGGUUGGAUUCAAACAGGUUGAGACAACAGGAAGUGAGAGAAAUCUACCACUCAGAAGGGAAAUUCACUCCUGGAAGAGUUAUUAUGGGGAAAAUGGGCCUCCAUUGCAGCUUUAUCACUUAAGCUUUUCCACAAGCCAAAUGUUUCAAAAUCCAAUGAUCACAGGGACAGAAAGGGAGGCGAAAUCUUCUGAACAGGGGCACAGACAGCAAAAGAAACACUAUAGUGGUGUUCACCUUUUCCUAUGCUAUCCAAAGAUAUAAGUUACAUUUGUAAGUUGGAACAGGUACAUUUUAAAAGAAAUUAAACUUAAGAACAAACCUAUAGAACCUAUCUUGUGUGUAACUUGGGGACUGCCUGUAUUAGGUAGAGAGGAAGCUCAUCCUUUUUUUCUAAAUGUGAAACAUAUCUCCAUGCGUGUGUGUGUGUGUGUGUGUGUGUAU